CAGGAGAGCGAGCCGCUGCCCACCAGGACCUGGACGUCUACUCCAUCAGAACACACCCACGUACGGGAGCGCUGUUUAACGACAUUGUGGUGAUGCGCCUGGUGGGAAGCAUCCAGUUUGACGCGCACGUGCAGCCCAUCUGUUUGCCGGAGCAGGACCAGCGCUUCGAGGGCGCCCGCUGCAUCAUCUCUGGCUGGGGCAAACCGGCCUUCGUCGGUAACUACUCGGAGCGGAUGGAGAGGGUCGAGGUGCCCGUGGUGAACCGGGACGUCUGUGUACAGAACCUGAGAGACACCCACCUGGGACACUUCUUCCGGCUGGACGACAGCAUGCUCUGUGCCGGCGGAGAAGAAGAUGCUGACGCGUGUAGGGGUGACGCCGGCGGCCCGCUGGUCUGUCUACUCACCCCCUACCCCCUGUCUCACAGGGGUGACGCCGGCGGCCCGCUGGCCUGUCGCUCCGCCGAUGGCUCGUACGUGCUGGCCGGAGUGGCCGCCUGGAGCGUCGGCUGCAGCCGCCACGGAGUACCGAGCGUCUACACG